GACACGGGCAUCUCGUCCAAGGGCAUGGUCGUCAUGUGCAACUUCAUCCAGGACCUCUUCGAGCGCAUCGGCAACGAGGCCGCGAACGUCUGCCGCUUCUCCAAGAAGCAGACGCUCAGCUCGCGCGAGGUCCAGACGGCCGUCCGCCUCAUCCUCCCCGGCGAGCUCGCCAAGCACGCCGUCUCCGAGGGCACCAAGGCCGUGACCAAGUUCGAGGCCGCCACGAACAAGAAGUAA